AUGCGAAGAGACAAACCAUUUCUUCUUCUCACGAUCCUCACGGCUGCUCUGCAUGACAACAUGCCUCUGCAGCGUACACUGGAGAAGCAGAUAAAAAAGGUGAUCAGUGACUGUAUGAUCUUUGAUGGUUCGGUUUCAUUCGAGAUCUUUCGGGGGCUUUUAGUCCAUCUUGCGUGGAUCUCACAAAUAUUACAAAAGGGAUCCUUCCUCCCAUACUUACCAUAUUUCGAAAGUAUUUGCAAGGUAUUGGCCGCCGAUGCAGAGUAUCCGUCAGAUAGAUAUCUGCUCUACAUUGUGCAGCUCCAGCAACUUUCUGAGAAAAUCACCCUGGUUUCAUCGCAACAUGUCCCAGAAAUCCAGAACACCAGUGUUAGUCUCCAGCAUUACUACCGCGAGUUUAAGCCCCAACUUGAUUUAUUCCGCGCCAAUUUACCAUUUCUCUUGACUGAAAGCCAGAUUCUCUUCAUGCAAUUUUAUACUGUCGAGUUGUAUCUAUGCCAGAUUACACUCUUCGACCACAAGCCCGGCGCGCAACCGCCACCCCAUGAGCUGUCCUUCCAGAUUGAAGUGUUGCGCAUGGGACUUGCCGCAGCCAAGACCUUACUCCAUUUUUACAUCUCUCUACCCUUGGGCUAUGAUGCUAAAUUCCACAAUGUGGGAUGGGUUCAACUCGCAUUCGCAGUCACGCUUGCAUGCAAGUUAGUGGUAGCAGCAUCUGAUCCUUCUAUUCAUCCCCACACGGUUGAUUUGUGUCGUGCUUUGGAUAUCUCUAGCACGAUGAGACAAUCUAUCAUUCGCAUCCAGGCGCUCAUCACGUCAGAUAUGGAUGAUUCGGGAGACAGGGAUAUAUUCUUUCACUAUGAAAAACGCCUGAAGCGUGUCCAAUGGUGGUUUGAAAGUCGAACAAUAUCGGGGCCCAAUAAUGCUCAUUCCCAUGAUGGUGUGCAACUUGCGGGAGCGAUCGUUUCAUCCACCGGAGACGCACGCCAUUAUGUUGAUGCACUGCAGCCAACAUCGAACGAUUUAGACAACAAUUUCCAGUGGCUAGACUUCUUCCCAGACACGGCAAUUGACGAGAUGUAUAUCGACUGGAUGGCACAACCAACGACAUCAUUUGACCAGCAGCGCUUGGGAUAG